AUGUUUUUCAACAUAUUCAUAUCGUCCAAAUACAAACCCAAGAUAUUCAGUCGAAAGAAACAAGAAUUACGUUAUGCUGCCAAUGAAUUCUACUUGACUCAAGACGGCCAAUACGAUGAAAUUCCACCAAAACUCUUAAGCAACCAAAGUUUCGUUUUGAAAGCACUCCAACAAGGUCAUCCUCGAAUCAUUGAUUUAAUAUCUCCAACCUUACUUGAAGACGAACACUUUGUGUUGAAAACCAUUGAACUCGGUGGUACCAUGCCUCGACAUGUUUCAAAGACUUUGCGAAACAACAAAUGCUUCAUGCUGCAAGCAUUACAAUUGUGCUCAGCAGCGUAUUAUUAUGCAUCGGAUGAAUUGAAAAACGACAGGGAAUUUGCGUUGGCAGCUGUGAAACGAUAUGGACUGGAAUCGAUGGAAUUUCGAUUCAUUGAUCCUGCUGUGAAAAGUCUAUUGAAAGAUGCUCAGUUUUUAGAGCAAGCCAAGGAAUUGGAUCCUGAACAUGCGGAUGUGUUGAUUCGUCUCGUCGAUCAAGAGUAG